AUUGUUGGAGGCAAAGUGACGACAUUGAGGUGAGAUAUUUUUCGAUUUUUACAGAACUCAGUUUUUAAAUAACAUCGUUGUUAAAACGUGCUAUUUUUUCUUAGAUGCCAGGUGUGUCAGCGAUGGGAGAGUCGCAUUAAAAACAGUACAAAUUUCUCCCGCAAAUGGAUAGCUGGAAGUCGUAGUGUGACGAAGGAUAGCGUACAAAAACAUACUAACAGUCAACAACAUAAGGAAGCCGUCGAGCUCAAAAAAAGAAGUGAGAUGGGUGCUGAAGUAUAUGCUCAAUCAGUGCUCACAACAACACCUAUCGGAAGUGGUUUACGAAAAAUGGCUGCGAGUGACAAGAAAAACCUUCGCGUCAAAUUCAACACGGCCUAUUAUGUCGCCAAAAAAGAGCGUCCUUUCAGUGACUACCCUGAUUUGCUAAAACUUCAGUUAAAGAAUAAUGUUCCGAAGUUUGGAGAAAGUUAUAAACACGAAAGAGCUGCUGCUACUUUCACCGAACACAUAGCCAAGGUGGACAAAGAAAACCUUGGUAAAACUCUAGCUAAGACACGCUACUAUUCUCUCUUGAAUGAUGGUAGUACGGACACAGGGAUUUGUGAGCAAGAAUUGGUCUACGUGUUGUACUUGCACGAGGGGACAGCACUCGUUAAAUUUUUAAGUAUCGAGACACCUAAAUGUGGAGAUGCGCCUGGUAUUCUAGAGGCGAUUGACAGUGCUUUCCAGCGUAUUGGCAUAUUGAAUUUCAACCAAAGACUUGUUGGUUUUAAUGCAGACGGCGCUAGUGUAAAUAUGGGAAGAAAAAAAGGAGUUGGAGCAUUAAUCAAGGAAACUGCGCCCUGGGUCGAGGUUGUGCAUUGUUUCAAUCAUCGCAUUGAACUUGCUAUCAAGGAUGCGUUUAACACUGUCAAAGCAUUUCACGAUGUCGACGAGCUUCUACUGAAGCUUUAUUACUUAUAUCAGAAAAGUCCCAAAAGGCUUCAGGGACUCAGAAACUUCUCUGAAGCAUUCGAUGAAACAAUUCCGAAGCCUGCUAAAGCAUGCGGUACUCGUUGGAUAGACCAUAAGUUCAAAGCGAUGGUAUGUGCUCUUCAAAACUACGGUGUGUAUAUGACCCACGUAGAGGAAUUAGCUAUCACAGAUUCACAGCCUGAAAAACGUGCUGAGCUCAAAGGUUUUUUGAAAAAAUGGAAAGAGGCUGCCAUUCCAUUCAAUAUGGCUAUUUACUUAGAUAUACUAUCCCCGAUACGUCGUUUGUCUUUGAGCAUGCAGUCUGACGAGCACGAUCCUGUCAAACAAGUUCGGCGUAUCCAGGAAUUUACUGCGACCAUGGCCAAAUUGAAAAUAAUUUUAUUAGAUACCCUGGACGGAAGUAGUGAUAUAAUGACACAUCACAAGCGCUUCACAGAUGAGGUUAUUAAUGACGAAGAUGGAAGUGCAACGUACCAAAACAUUAAGCUUUUCCGAUACGAUAUAGUAAACAGCAGCGCUGAGACGAAAUAUCAUGAUCUUAUCGUUCGUCUCGCUGACAGCAUGGAAGAGAGGUUCGAAAAUUUGUCAACAUCGACCAUCUUCAAAAACAUCGUCUGUUUACUUGAUGUUUCAACAUGGCCAACUACUGUCACUCCUACUUUCGGGGAAGAUCGCAUUGAUGAAAUUCUUUUGGAUUUCGAAAAGCUGUUGGAAAACAACGGAUGUAACGUAGGCGAAGUAAAAAAAGAAUGGAUCUCUUUACAAUCUCACAUCAUCCCUAUUGUGAUUAAUAAUCCUCGAGAGUACUACUUGAAAGUAUGGAAGAGGGUUUUCACAAACGAACACAUUCGUAAGGAUUGUGAAAACAUCCUUCACAUCAUUGAAAUAUUGCUUUGUACCCCAUUCACGAAUGCCAAAGUGGAGCGAGGCUUCUCCAGGAUGGCGAGGGUGAAAAGUGAUUUUCGAAGCCAUCUCAGCAGGGACAUGCUCGACGCUUGUUUGCGAAUAAAUGAGGAUGGUCCAGAUAUUUGUAAUUUUGACCCUGAUCCAGUCAUUGAUCAUUGGUAUACGGAAAAAGUGCGACGACUUGGAUCAUCGUCGCACAAGUAUCCUAAAAAGAGAAAAUCUACAACUACAACAAGCGAUAGAGUGCAGGUUGAUGACUUAGCCUCACUUGCACUCUCUGAUAUCGACUCUGAUGAAGAUGAAGCAUGAAAUCAUUUUGUACAUUUAUUUAAAAACAUUAAAAUAAAAAACGUAACUGUUCGUUAUAAUUUUUCGUAUCAAAACAAAUCAUUCUUGAGGUAUUUAUAUUGCACAAUUGUAAAUCAAAAUUUGGCUGUAGACAAGAAAGUUAAGGCUGAUAGUGUCACAUUACGUUGUCGCUAAAAGCUAUCGUGUUUGGGGUUCACGAUUUAAAACGUCCCCCACUUGUCUAUUCUAAAAGUAACGUGUGCAAAAACAGAAAAUAGCGAAUCGUAACCGUAAGAACGACUCGUGAUUUCUAAAAAAUUUUCGCCUGCGGCGCGCUAUUUUUCACGAAUCACUUAUAAA